AUGAUCGACACGUGCCGCACGGAGGAGAAGGUGUUCAAGAUUGCACCAAGCAGCUACAGGAUGCCGACGCUGCAGCCCCGGAUCGGCUUCAGCAUCGACUCGAUCGUGGGCAACACCACGCCGAAGUCGCCCCCGUCGCCGCCAGCCUCGCACACCGCCUCCAGCAAGCCGGAUGGCGGAAGUGCCGGCGGCGGAGGCCAACCGAUGCUGCACCUGCUGCCCCAGCGGUCCCCCAGCCCGCUCGGUACCUCCACCGAGAGCUACUCGGUGCGCCUGAACCGCCUCCAGAGCCUCUCGCCCCCGCAUAACUACAGCAUCACCCGGCUCCCCGAGAGUCCGCAGAGUCUGGAGGGAAGCCACGCAAGCGUCCGCUCCCUGGAGGCCCUUCAGUCGCGCCUGUCGCCCCCCGUGGCCCUCCCGUCCGGCCCGAUCUCUCUGAAGCGUCCCCGUAGUCCCUCGCCACCGGCGUCCCCGCCGGCACCUCCGCCAGGAUCGUCCGCGGGAAUGCUAGGGCAUGGCGGUCCAGCACCUCCACCGUCCCACCCGCCGUCGGUGGGGCCCAUCGUCGUUCCCGGCCUGCCGCCCGGUCUCGUGCGACCCUUCCCCGUCAGCCCCUCGUCGCAUCCGGGCCCCCCACAGCACCCGUCCACCGGCGGCCCGCCUCCACCAGCGCCAUCCGAGCUCAAGGGUCUCCCACCGUUCCUGCACACGCCGGAAAUGGUCCAAGCCGCCCACAACCAGCACUUCCUGGCGGCCCAGUUCCAGGCGGCCGCCCUCGCCCACGCCCAGGCCGGCCAGCCGUUUCCACCGCAUCCGGCUGCCGCCCACCUGCACAACCCCAACCUGCCCCCGCGCGACAGCUACCCGCUUUACCCGUGGCUCCUGAGCCGCCACGGACGCGGCGUGUUCCCCAUCGGCUUCCCUGGCAACUACCUCAUCCCGUUCCGCAAGUCGAAGCGCGUCCGGACGGCCUUCUCGCCCUCGCAGCUGCUCAAGCUGGAGCACGCGUUCGAGAGCAACCACUACGUGGUCGGUGCGGAGCGGAAACAGCUCGCCCAGAACCUGAACCUCUCCGAGACGCAGGUGAAGGUGUGGUUCCAGAAUCGGCGCACCAAGCAUAAGCGCAUGCAGCAGGAGGAGGGAGGCUCCGGCUCGGGCAAGUCGACCGACGGGGAUCAGCAGAAUCGGUCCACGUCCAGCCCGGCCGGUAGCUGCGAGGACGAGGACGACGAGGACGAGUUCAUCGACAUGGACGACUGCCCGAGCGACGAAGAGAACAUGCACCACAACGGUUGA